AUGGCUAUGAAUCAGAUUCUUGAUUUUUUUCAACCCAUGAACCAAUAUUCCAUAAUACCGAAAUUAGGAAUUGGUCUCGGAGCUCUAUGCUUCGUCGGUCUUAUUUCUAGAACCAAUUCAUACCUCUCUCAAAGAGCUCUCAAUAGGCUUUAUGGAUCUACAACGUGGAACCGAAGUGAAGAGAUCAUUGUGGUUACCGGCGGUUCCAGUGGAAUCGGCGCAGCAAUUGUUAAAGAAUUGGCGACUCGAGGGACUAAAGUUAUCAUUUUUGAUAUUAACGAGCCACAAGAGCAGCUGAGAUCCAACAUAUUCUUCUACAAAGUGGAUCUCGCCUCCUAUGAAGAGAUCAAGGAAAUUGUGGCGCAAGUCCGAUCCGAUCAUGGUGACCCCACAGUCUUGAUCAACAAUGCAGGCGUUGAAUUCAACAAGCCCAUACUGAGUCUCCCAGAGACCCAGCUAAGAAAGACAUUCGAAGUGAAUAUUAUUUCGAAUUUCCUUCUUGUCCAAGAAGUCUUACCUGCUAUGGUGUCACGAAACCACGGACAUGUCGUUACAGUUGCCAGUCUCGCAUCAUUUACUACAAAUGCUAGUAAUGUCGAUUAUGCAUGUACCAAAUCCGCUGCGCUAGCCUUUCAUGAAGGACUCAGUCAGGAGCUUCGGCAUGUAUAUAAUGCACCCGGGGUUCAUACCACCAUUGUGCAUCCUGCAUGGGUGAGAACUCCGAUGAUCAAAAAGAUGGUGGCGAGUGGAGUUUUUGACGGACAGAUCAUUGAACCGAAAGAUGUGGCAGAAGUGACGGUGGAUCAGUUAAUGUUGGAUUCGGGGGCUCAAUUGUUUGUCCCUUCGAGUCAUUGGAUGGUAUCUAUGGUAAGAGGAUUUCCUUCUUGGUUACAAGAAUCCAUAAGGAAUCAGCUGUCCAUCAAAAGAUUAAAAGCUUUGAAUUAG